AUGCGGGUCGCAAAAUCUACAAUCGUUCUCAUCUAUCAACGAAAAUCGUCAUCAUCACCAGACUCGAUACGCAAGGUCAACAAGAUGCCGAGCCACAAGACUUUCCGAACCAAGCAGAAGCUGGCCAAGGCCCAGAAGCAGAACCGCCCGGUUCCGCAAUGGAUUCGCCUUCGCACUGGCAACACAAUCCGGUGCGUUCAAACUUCCCCCAUGGACGAGAAAAUUCCCUGUUCCCUCGAAACCAUCGCCACAAUCUCUCGAUCACUACCGAAUUUUCGCUGUUCAAAUACAUCGCCCUCUCACCUCUCUUCGAUCACCGAUUUCUCCACACAUUAUCAUAUUGAACAAACCUUUUCAACCAAAUUUUUGACACAUCUUGAUGCUAACAUUUUAAUCCCACAGCUACAACGCCAAGAGAAGGCACUGGAGAAAGACUCGUCUUGGAAUCUAAGCGACGUCAACAAACAAAAUCACCUGGCAUUCCUCGACCCACUUGUACCGACGGUACCGACAUCCGGCUUCUUUGGCAUUUCUCAAUGA